UAAUCUUUUUUUACUUACCAACAAUUGCAUAUAGUAGUCUAAGAAUGGAGUUUUCCCAGUAAAGUAAAAGAGAACGCCAAGGUCGCCUUACUGCAAUGUAAUAAGAACUUAAAAUAAAAGGCUGGGCUUGUUUAGUUUAUCCACACAGUUUUAAUUUUAUUUAUUUUUCACUCUCUCUCAUAUCCAGCUCCAAACCAGAGAGCACUUGUUCAAUAUGAAGUAGAACGAAGACAUAGCCAUUGAGCCGAACAAACAGAUGUCUUUCUUUAAAUCUUUGGCUUUCUGUCCUGGCGAAGCCACAACUGCCAUUGCCAUGUUUCACUCUUCCUCCUCUAGGGCCUUAACGCGAAGAAGUUGUUCACCAUCUCUUAGAAAUGUUACUGCAGUAGACGUAUUUUACUACAGAGGAAGCUCUUCUACUAAAGUUUUAUCUUUCUUGAAUACAAAUCGCUAUUGUACAUACUCUAGUGACGAAUUCGGUACUUCUUCAAAGCGAAGAUCUCGAGGACCUGUAAUGGCAGCUAAAAAAUCAUCUGAUGGGGAAAAGCAAGAAGAAGGAAAGUACAAGCACACAGUUGAUUUGCCUAAGACAACAUUUAGUAUGAGAGCUAAUGCUUUGACUAGAGAACCUGAGCUGCAAAAGUUAUGGGAUGAUAAUCAGGUUUUUAAGAGAGUUGUCGAUAAAAAUGAUGGGGGAAAUUUUAUUCUUCAUGAUGGUCCUCCAUAUGCUAAUGGUGACCUACACAUUGGCCAUGCCAUGAAUAAGAUUUUGAAGGAUGUGAUUAACCGUUAUAAGAUUCUUCAAAAUUACAAAGUCCACUUUGUGCCUGGUUGGGAUUGUCAUGGCCUGCCAAUUGAAUUGAAAGUUCUGCAAUCAUUGGAUCAGGGCGCUAGAGAGGAUCUGACACCAUCAAAAUUACGAGCAAAGGCAGCCAAAUUUGCCAAAGCAACUGUCAAAACUCAGAUGGCGUCAUUUAAGCGAUAUGGAGUUUGGGCAGACUGGGACAAUCCUUACCUAACUCUGGAUCCAGAUUAUGAAGCUGCCCAGAUUGAAGUGUUUGGCCAGAUGGCCCUUCAAGGAUAUAUCUAUAGGGGCAGAAAGCCAGUUCACUGGAGUCCUUCAUCUCAUACGGCUCUUGCAGAGGCUGAAUUGGAGUAUCCUGAGGGGCAUGUUUCAAAAAGCAUAUAUGCCAUAUUUAGAGUUGCAAGUGCACCUCCUACUUCGCGUCUGUUGUUAGAAGAAUUCUUUCCAGAUUUGUUCUUGGCCAUAUGGACCACAACUCCCUGGACUGUUCCAGCCAAUGCUGCUGUCGCAGUCAAUUCCAAGCUUCAAUAUGCUGUAGUUGAAGUGCAAUCUUUGGAAGAUGCUUCUACAUCCCCCGGAAAUAAAAAACGACGGUUUGGCAAUGUACUGAGGGAGCAAAAGAAGCUUUUUCUUAUAGUAGCAUCUGAUCUGAUGCCAACACUAGAAGCAAAGUGGUCUGUUAAGCUUGUGAUCAAGAAAACCCUGUCUGGGUCAGAUCUUGAAAACUGCAGGUAUAUUCAUCCAAUAGAUAACAGAGAAUGCCCAGUUGUCAUUGGAGGAGAUUAUAUUACAACAGAAUCGGGAACUGGACUCGUACAUACUGCUCCUGGUCAUGGUCAGGAGGAUUAUAUAACUGGCAUGAAAUAUGGACUGCCUGUACUUUCCCCUGUUGAUGAUGGUGGGAAAUUCACUGAAGAAGCUGCACCUUUUAGUGGGCUUGAUGUACUUGGGGAGGGUAACGUUGCUGUAGUGAAAUACCUGGAUGAACAAAUGUCCAUUGUCAUGGAAGAAUCAUAUGAGCACAAGUAUCCAUAUGAUUGGCGAACUAAGAAACCUACUAUAUUUAGAGCCACUGAGCAAUGGUUUGCAUCAGUAGAAGGUUUUCGUCAAGCUGCUAUGGAUGCGAUUGGCCAUGUAAAGUGGAUUCCACCUCAGGCGGAAAAAAGAAUUUCUACAAUGACCUCAAGUCGGUCAGACUGGUGCAUAUCAAGGCAAAGGACGUGGGGUGUCCCUAUUCCAGUCUUUUAUCACGUGCAAUCAAGGGAACCCCUUAUGAAUGCAGAGACUAUUGAUCAUAUCAAGUCUAUAGUAGCCCAAAAGGGUAGUGAUGCAUGGUGGUACAUGACAGUGGAGAACCUACUACCAGACACAUAUCGUGACAGAGCAUCAGAAUAUGAAAGAGGCACAGAUACAAUGGAUGUCUGGUUUGAUUCAGGUUCUUCAUGGGCUGCUGUAUUGGGAAGAAGGAGCGGCCUUAAUUAUCCUGCAGAUCUGUAUCUUGAAGGUUCAGAUCAACAUCGCGGGUGGUUUCAAAGCUCUUUAUUAACAAGUAUAGCAACAAAAGGAAAGGCCCCAUAUUCCAGUGUCAUAACCCAUGGAUUUGUGUUGGAUGAGAAGGGUUUUAAGAUGAGCAAAUCUUUGGGUAAUGUUGUAGAUCCCCGCACUGUAAUUGAAGGAGGAAAAAGUGCAGGGGGAGCACCAGCGUAUGGGGCUGAUGUCCUACGACUCUGGGUUUCUAGUGUGGAUUAUACUGGUGAUGUCAUGAUUGGUCCUCAAAUCCUUCGGCAAAUGUCUGACAUCUAUAGGAAGCUUCGAGGAACAUUGAGAUAUCUCUUGGGAAAUCUUCAUGAUUGGAAAGCUGAUGAUGCAGUCUCAUAUGAUGAUCUCCCCAUGAUUGAUAAGCAUGCAUUGUAUCAGCUGGAAAAUGUUGUAAAGAAUAUAAGAGAGAGCUAUGAAAACUAUCAAUUUUUCAAAAUAUUCCAGAUCAUACAACGGUUUGUUAUUGUUGACCUAUCAAAUUUCUAUUUUGAUGUUGCUAAAGAUCGACUCUAUGUUGGGGGUACAACAACGUUUACAAGAAAAAGCUGUCAAACAGUUCUUGCUGCGCACCUCCUUUCUAUUGUAAAGGUUGUUGCUCCAAUAUUGCCUCAUCUGGCUGAGGAUGUUUGGCAGAAUCUUCCUUUUCCGCAUGUGCUUGAGGAUGGUUCUGUUGCCAAGUUUGUUUUUGAAUCAAAAUGGCCUGCUUCGAAUGAAAAAUGGCUUUCUUUUCCUAUCGAAGAAAUUGAUUUCUGGGGAAAGAUUCUCGAGCUGAGAACUGAGGUGAAUAAAGUUCUGGAAGCUGCUCGUAUGGGGAAGUUAAUUGGUUCUAGUUUAGAAGCUAAGGUAUAUCUGUAUGCAUCUGAUGCCAGAUUGGCUUCAAAAUUCCAUGAGAUUUGUGCAGCAAGCAAUGAUGCAGAUCCACUACAUCGCAUAUUCAUCACAUCUCAGGUGGAAGUUAUUGAACUUUUGAAUGAGAAGCUGAUUGAGACUAUACCACACGCUGGAGAGUUUCUCAUUGAAGGAGGCAAUAGAGUUUGGAUUGGGGUGUCACGAGCAGAGGGAAUGAAAUGUGAGAGAUGCUGGAAUUACACAGCGGAUGUUGGAUCCUUCGUGGAACACCCAACACUUUGUGGCCGGUGUUACAGAAUAGUUGCCAUGCAACCAGAACCUGCAGUUGCAGCAAUUAGUUAAGACUUGAGAAUUGAAAGAUAAUGAGAGAGGCUAAACCAUACAAGUACAGUUGCUAGCAAAUCAACAAAGUGCAGUUGCUAGCAAAUCAACAAAGUGCAGUUGCUACAGUGUGCUGCUUUAUUUUUUGAACAUUCACAUCUGAAAUCACGAUUUUGGCAAUCAAGGUGGAAAGCUAAUUGUAGAUUUUAUUGAGGGAAGGAGCAAGUCCAACAUCAUCACCGGACAGUGGGAAGAAUGAUAGAUUACAGAGAAAAUGAUACACUAUUAUUGGAAGUUGCUGGGCAUUAUGAAGUAUAACAUUCAUUUUGAAAUCGUCAGAAAAUUUCAGACAUUUAUGUUGCAAAUUUACUUGGAUGACUAGGAGCGUAAUUAAAUCCUUUCAACUUUUCAUUUC